AUGCCCAUCGAGCCCCCUUUCCCCUCUUCUAAUCUUAGCCCGCGCCAAGCACCUCACUAUUUUUACUACGAAAUGUCGCCGGCGGAUAACUUUGGCCUCUUCAUCAACAUACUGUCUCUCAUCGACGUCUUUCUGCGGCUUCUCGUCUGGAUCCUGCCGCGUACGCAGGUGGAAGAGUUGGUGAAGAUGCUGAAGACGGCGAAGACAGCGGCGGAAAGGGCGGUAGACAUGGGACUCGAUGUUGGAUGUAUCAGGGGAGAGCUACAGAGCUGUCAGGAGCAGUGUGACCCACUCAUCGAGCGCGCUCUAAUAGCGAGUAGCCUUGGCAGGGAGCUCAUGGAUGCGGCCACGGGGCUUACCUGGACUGUAUAUAUUACUGCGCGUAGGGUUAAGAGGCUUCAUCAAGAUGUCGUCGUCAUACCCCGUAAUGGGUCACCUACUGUUUACGGUGAGGGCUGGCAUCGAAAGGCCAAGAAUGCUAUGAUAUCAUGCUCCAAAGCUUCGAAUGGGAGCACAACUCCACCAUAUGAGGUGUCGAGCGCCCGCAUUUGGAAGUUUGCGACUCAGAAAGCGAAUGCUCCGCCCAGAGAUGCUGCUAACACGAGCAAGGAAGAUGAGCAUACUGUCUAG